AUGGCUUCAGAUAUUAGUGGAAUCACUUAUUUUACAUUCAAGUUUGGGCUUUUUUUUGCAGCUUUCAUAGUAGUCAUAGCAUUCCUUCUUUAUAAAUUCCAAAAUAAGCUAUUAUAUAUUCCUGUUAUUCAAGGUCUUCCUAAAUCUUAAGAUCAAAACUAGUUGGGAAUGUAAAAUCCAUAAUAAAUUGGACUUGAUUAUGAAGACAUCAACAUCAAAACUAAAGAUAACAUUAAUUUGCAUGGAUGGAUUGCAAAAAGACCUAAUUCUAAAAAUGUUGCCACCGUCGUCUACUUCCACGAAAAUGCAGGAAAUAUUGGUACUAGAAUUUUCUAUAUGAAAGAAUACAACAAUCAAGCUAAUGUUAAUGUCGUUUUGGUUGCAUAUAGAGGAUAUAGCAACAGUGAAGGUGAACCCAGCGAAGAUGGUUUAAUGAUCGAUGCAGAAGCUAUACUAACUCAUGUCUUUAGUAGAACUGAUAUUGACACUAACAAAAUCUUUUUACAUGGUAGAUCUUUGGGAGGUGCUGUUUCCAUUUACAGUGCUUCUACUUUGAAAUUCCCUCUAGCUGGAGUUAUAGUUGAAAACACUUUUACAUCUAUUUCUGACAUGGUUGAUGUUAUUUUCAGUAAGGUCAAAUUUUUGAAAAAUUUGGUAUUAAGAAAUUACUGGCCCAGUAUAGAUAGAAUUCCAAAAAUCAAAUAACCUAUGUUAUUUAUCAAGUCUGAAUUAGAUGAAUUGGUUCCUCCAGUUCAAAUGUAGAGACUUUACCAAGCUGCUACCAGAGUCUCUUUUAAGAAAUUACACAUAAUCCCUGACGGUGAUCAUAAUAACAGUUGGACUAGAGAUUAGACUUCUUAUUUUGAUGCAGUUUAAAAUUUCAUUAAAGAAUGUCUUCAAUAGUGA